GAUCACAGUCAUUAAUAAGGCCCCGCCCCCUCUCAGUCCUAGGAAGCUGAUCUGGGCCAGUCAGAGCCUUCCCACCAUGCACACAACCCCGACCCCAUACUCACACACACGCUCUCGCUUGCUCGCUAUCGCCCUUUCUGAUACACACAUACACUCAUAUGUGUGUAUCUUACACUGAUGCAGUCACACAAUCACACAUGCCCACCCACAAUCACCUUCUUCAGCAGCUGACUCACAAAGGCCCGAGGCUCCUGCCUCCACCUGCCGCAUCCGUGUCUGGGAAACUCCGGGACUCCUGCAGUGAGCUCCUCCCUCACCCAGACCCGGGUCACCUCAACUCACCGCACGGAAAUCGAUGACCCCAAGGCUAGCGGAAAAAGAACCAGAGACCGAAGUUCAUGAAUCCCCCCAAGGCCUGUGAGAAACGGAGUCCAACCCGGAAAAGUGCGGACGCCGACACUAACACACCCGAGCGUCCGCAGCUGGGACCUUGCGGUUCCUAACCCGCCGCCCCGCAGACUCCUGGGAGCGCCUGCCCGCGCGGGAGUGCGCAGGCGCAGAGAACUGAGCCUUGGCGGGGGUGAGGUUGGACUCUUCCCUUUUCCAAAAGAAGAGCUCAUAAGAGAAGUUUCAUCUCUUGCAAAUAUCAAAGCCAUGCCUCAGGGAUCAGUGUCAUUCAAGGAUGUGACUGUGGACUUCACCCAGGAGGAGUGGCAGCAACUGGAUCCUGCUCAGAAGGCCCUCUACAGGGAUGUCAUGUUGGAAAACUAUUUUCACCUCAUCUCUGUAGGAUUUCACAUGACUAAGCCUGAUAUGAUCCACAAGUUGGAACAAGGAAAAGAACUAUGGACAACAGAGAAAAUUUUUCCAAGUCAGAGUUACCUCGAAGAAGAUUGGAAAGCUGAAGAUGUUUUAGUGAAGUUCAAAGAAUACCAAGACAGGCAUUCUAGAUCAGUUGUAUCCAUCAACCACAAAAGGCUAAUGAAGGAGAGAACUAAUAUUUUGGGGAAAACAUUUACUGUUGUCAAGAACCGUAUUAUUUCAAAAACAACACUACAUGAAUAUAAACCUGAUGGAAAGAUUUUUAAAAAUAUUUCAGAAUUAGUCAUUAGAAAUAUAAGUCCUGUAAGAGAGAAGUUUGGUGAGAGUAAUGGAUGGGAGAAAUCACUCCUUAAUACUAAACAUGAGAAAAUUCAUACUGCAGUGAAUCUCUAUAAACAAACAGAGCGGAGUCUGAGUGGUAAACAAGAGCUUAUUCAACAUCAGAAGGUUCAAACUCCAGAGCAAUCAUUUGAACAUAAUGAAUGUGAAAAACCCUUCCUUAUAAAAGGAAUGUUAUUUACACAUACUAGAGCUCACAGAGGAGAAAGACCCUUUGAAUACAAUAAAGAUGGAACAGGCUUCAUCGAAAAGUCAAAUCUCAAUGUUCACCAACAAAAUAUGGAGAAGAAGGCCCACGCAUACAGCAAAUAUGGGAAGUUCCUCUGUAGGAAGUCCAUUUUUAUCAUGCAUCAGAGAUCUCAAAUAGAAGAUAAACCCUUUCAGUGUCCUUACUGUGGGAAUAGCUUUAGAAGGAAGUCAUAUCUCAUUGAACAUCAGCGAAUCCACACAGGUGAGAAACCUUAUGUUUGUAGUCAAUGUGGAAAAGCCUUCCGUCAAAAGACAGCCCUCACUCUUCACGAGAAAACACAUAUAGAGGGGAAACCCUACAUUUGUAUGGAUUGUGGGAAGUCCUUCCGCCAGAAGGCAACCCUUACUAGACAUCACAAAACACAUACAGGAGAGAAGGCCUAUGAAUGUACUCAAUGUGGAAGUGCUUUUAGAAAGAAGUCAUACCUCAUUGAUCAUCAGAGAACACACACAGGAGAGAAACCAUAUCAAUGUAAUGAAUGUGGGAAGGCAUUUAUCCAGAAGACAACCCUCACUGUACAUCAGAGAACUCACACAGGAGAGAAACCCUAUAUUUGCAAUGAAUGUGGGAAGUCCUUCUGCCAAAAGACAACCCUCACUCUCCAUCAAAGAAUUCACACAGGAGAAAAACCCUAUAUUUGUAAUGAAUGUGGGAAGUCCUUCCGCCAGAAGGCAAUCCUCACUGUUCAUCAGAGAAUACAUACAGGAGAGAAAUCCAAUGGAUGUCCUCAGUGUGGGAAAGCCUUUAGUAGGAAAUCAAACCUCAUUCGCCAUCAGAAAACUCACACAGGAGAGAAACCAUAUGAAUGUAAAGAAUGUGGAAAGUUCUUCAGUUGUAAGUCAAACCUCAUUGUCCAUCAGAAAACUCACAAGAUAGAAACCAUGGGAAUUCACUAAAAUCUGUGACUUUUUUGGUGAAAACUUUUAAAGUCAUAGUAAACCCUGUACAUGAUGUUGCUUGCAAGUGUAAUAAUAUUAAACAGUUUAAGGUACUGUACCACAUAUUUACCUACUAUUUGCUAGCCUAUAAAACACACAAAAGGAAUUACUGGACAAAUUAAAUGAUAAAAGUCAUUGAAAAUACAAGCUUAAAAUUUUUAUUAGAUUCACCAGACAUAAAUUCCUCUAUCAAAUUGCUACAUUUUAAAUUGCUUAUUUUAAAUUUUAAUAUAUACCUUGUUGUGACCCAGUAAUAAACAGUAGGCUGCCUGGCAGUGGUCCAUGGACCACACUGUGAACAGAACUGCUUUAAAAGAAAGGUGGUGUGACUGUAUUUCUCAUUGCAAAUAUGGUAUAAAACUUGUUACCUCCUCAGAGUUAACCACAGUUCUAACUUCUAACGUUAUAGUUUUUGCAUAUAAUAAACCUUUAUAUAAAUUAUACAUGUAUUCUUUCCUAUAUGGCUUGUUUCAUCCAUCACUCUGUCUUUAAAACUCAUCAUUAGUGCAUGUGGCAGAAGCUUAUUUAUUUUCAUUCUGUAUAAAAUUCCAUUAUAUGAUUAUAUUUCAAUUUAUCCAAUCUACUGUUUAUGGACUUUUUUUUAUUGUUUACAGCUUAGGGUCAUAAUAAAUAAUGCUUGUUGAAUGUAUUUAUAUUUUGGUGUACAUAUAUUCAUUUCUCUCGUGUAUAUACUUAGGAGUGGAAUUGCUGGGUCCUGGGGUAUAUGUAUGUUGAUACUAUCAAAUGACUCAUAACUUUCAUAACAUGAGAUAAUUCACUCUGAAGGAAGACAGCUGUAAAUAGUAUCAAUAUGGUGAUGGUUCAAACCAAGAAUUCAUACUACAGGGAAA